AUGAAGAUGGUGAUAUGAUCGCUUUUUCCAGUGAUGAAGAAUUGAAGUUGGUUCCAGCCUCUGUGAAAGCUGGGAUUUUUCGGAUUUAUGUUAAAGAAAAAAAGGAGCUUAAGCAUGUGAACCGCCAGCCCUGCAACAAGGAGCGUCCCCUAAACCUAGUGCAUCCUAAUGUGAUCUGCGAUGGUUGUGAUGGCCCAGUUGUGGGUGCCAGAUUCAAAUGCAGAGUUUGUCCAGACUAUGACCUGUGCAGCACUUGUGAGGGAAAAGGUCUCCAUAAGGAGCAUAACAUGAUCAUGUUUCCAAGUCCAUUCCACCAGCUUGAGUGGCUUCUUCAGGGUCGCUGGCUUCGUAAAAUGAGACACGGUGUUUCACCCUUUCCCUGGAUGCAGGGUUGGAGGCACCCAUGCCCUGCUCAUCAGCAACAGAGUUCUGGCGAGGCACAAGCUAGUACUUCUCAAAGUGAUGCUCCCGAGCGUGAGACCGCUAGCAAUCAAGCUCAAGAUCCCAAUGUCGACUUCCUGAAGAAUGUUGGAGAAAGUAUUGCUGCAUUCCUGAGUCCACUUGGCAUUGACGUUGACAUUGAUGUAGAACAUGAGGGUCAAAGAAGCAAAGUAUCACCUGCACAACCUAGUUCUGAGAAGAGCUGCUCCAAACCUAACAGUCCUAGUGAGCAGAUGAAACCAGAAGCAAGUUCUGAAAGUAAUCCAGACAUAAGUGAUGCUCUUGUAAACCAGAUGCAGGAGAUGAUAGUAUGUUCUCCUCCUGCACAGAUGGAAGAAGAGAAUAUUUUGUCACAGGAACAAAUUGAAUCCAGUGGUAGUUCAGCAGGAGAUGAGGACUGGACCCAUUUAUCUUCAAAGGAAGUAGAUCCUUCAACUGGUGAAUUGCAGUCCUUGCAAAUGGUAGAGGCAGACAGUCCAAGAUCUCUGAAUCCAGUUGAAGCUCCUGCUAAUGUUGGACCGACAGGAUUGCGAGAAGCUGCAAUCUACCCUCAUCUUCCACCUGAAGCAGAUCCUCGUCUGAUUGAAUCCUUGUCCCAGAUGCUCUCGAUGGGAUUCUCUGAUACAGGAGGUUGGCUGACUCAUCUGCUACAUUCCAAGAACUACGACAUUGGGGCAGCCCUGGAUGCUAUCCAGUAUGCCAAGCAACCACCAGCUUCCAAAUAGCACCUGUAUAAUUCAGUUCUUAACCCAGAUUGUUAAAGCCUCUUUUUAUAUCUUUCUCCUUUCUGUAAUGAUCUGAUUGUAAUUCCAUAUUCACAGAUAUUAUAGUCAUACUAAUUUUCCAAAUUUAAUUCUUAAAGUAAUGCACUGGAUAAGGGCUAAUAUUUACAUAAGGGGUAGAACCAGUUUAAAAAGUUAAUGACAGCUGGUCUGUUACCUUCAAGUUGUGGCUGUGGCAUGGACAUAUCUCUACAGAGGGCAAGGAUAUUUUGCUUUCACGUUGGUGAAUCUUCCAUGUUUAGUCACCAUUAUGUGGCCAUGUGAUUAUUGGAAACCUUUAUUAUUGUUUCUGUGUUGAAGUUACAACAGGUUUGUUUUACUAGUGGUAUACUAAUUUGCCAGUUUUGGUAGCAUAUUAAAGAAAGCAAACACCAGCAAUAGUGUUAGCUUUUAUGAGCUAUCACCUACCCUGAGAUUUGACUUUUGUAAACAGCCUUAGAAAUGUUUUCCAUGCCUGUUGUAUCAAUAAUAGUGACCCCUUUAACAAUAGUCUUGACCAUUUUGGCAUACAGCAUAUCUCCACAAAUUAUUAAAGUCCUUUGUGCCAUGCCUAAAACAGUAUGAUUUGAAUAUAAUCCUUUUUAUUAUUCAACAUUGAAUUGUCUGACCAUAUUGCUAUUUUAAACCAUCUCAGUAGAAAAGUCAGCAAACCUCAUUGUAGAGCCUUAAAUAUCAUCAUCAAAAUCCUCCCCUGUGGAAAAAAGACUUCCAUAAAGGUUGCUUGACUUAGCAGUAGCAAGAGACCUUGUGGAAGUGGUAAAUUCUGCAGGUUGUGCCUUAUCUUGACAAGUAGCCAAAGCUGCAGAGCAUUUGCUGCUUUUCCCAAGUAUUCUGGCUAUUGCAAGGUGAUCAGAGUUGGAGACCUCUUUUGCUCUGUGAAAGGAGGUGACUGCGUUCUGCUGUGGUUCAAGAUGCCAGUUAUCACACCCAGCAUUAGAAGCGGCUGCUCUUUCAUCACUUGUACCUGCAACAAGUGUUUUGACUGAUGUCCUCUGCCUUCCACCUGUCACGUUAGUGGUGGCACCAGUAUCACAACUCUUGUCAGAUAAAAGGAAUUUCUCCCAUUUUGAAAGUCCAGUUAAUCUUGAUUCUGGCUGUUGAUUAUUUCUUUGUAGCAUAUGGUCUUUAGGCACAGGAAUUACACUGUCACAUAUACCAUCUCCACAGCUUUUUGCACUAACCAUGACUAAGUGUCUCUGAUCCUAAAAUAAAAUAACAAAAAUUGAAA